CCUUCACAGUGAACACGUCCCACGUUCUUUUUCUUCCCUCUUUUAGAACCCUCUCUCUCUCCCCCCUCCAUUUUGCCACUUAUCCUCUCUCUCAUCUAUUCUCUCUAAUCUCACCGGAACAAGAAAACACCAUUACAAUACGACCCCGUUUGAACACGACCAUGUUGGAUCUCAGUCUUGGUAUGUUCUCUAACUAUGGAGAAGAUCAAGAUCGGAAAGUACCAUUAGUCUCAGCGGCCGGUGAAGAAGAAUCUAACAUCUCUUCCUCCUCCUCAUCUUCCAAAGAUUCCGCCGCCGGCAAAGCUUUCAUCACCUUUGGAAUUAUCAAACGUGACGAUGAUGUCGUUCCUCCUCCUCCUUCUAAAGAAACCGGAGAUCUUUUCCCCGUGGCUGAUGCUCGCCGGAACAUUGAGUUCUCCUUAGACGACGGUCACUGGUUGAGACUGUCGUCUUUACAGAGGAACAAGCAGCAAGCGGUAAAGAAGAGCAGAAGAGGACCAAGGUCACGAAGCUCCCAGUAUCGUGGCGUCACUUUUUACCGUCGCACCGGUCGUUGGGAAUCUCAUAUUUGGGAUUGCGGAAAGCAAGUUUAUUUGGGUGGGUUUGAUACUGCCUACGCAGCAGCAAGGGCCUACGACCGAGCUGCUAUCAAAUUCCGUGGUCUCGACGCAGAUAUCAACUUUGUCGUGGAGGAUUACAAACAAGACCUCGAUAAGAUGAAGAAUUUAAAUAAAGUGGAGUUCGUGCAAACACUUAGGCGAGAGAGUGCGAGUUUCGGAAGAGGAAGUUCUAAAUACAAAGGCUUGACUCUUCAAAAAUGCACCCAGUUCAAAACUCAUCAAGAUCAGAUUCAUCUCCUCCAAAACAGGGGAUGGGAUGCAGCAGCGAUCAAAUACAGUGAGUUGGGAAAGGGAGGAGUCAUGAAGUCUGGUGUUCAUAUUAAAGGAAAUGCUCACAACGAUCUUGAACUAAGCCUUGGUCUUUCAUCAUCGUCGCAAAAUGCAAAGCUGACAACAAGGGACUACUAUGAAGGUAUCAACCAAUCAACGAUGGGCUUGUUCAGUAAGCAAUCAUCGAUCUAUUUGCCAGUGACGACCAUGACCCCUUUAAAGACAGUUGCAGCAUCAUCAGGAUUCCCUUUCAUCACCAUGACCACAUCCUCUUCCUCCACUACUAGUUUUGAUCCAUAAAUUUGAUCUACACUCUAUUUUAAGUAAUUUGUUUUUUUUCUUCUUCUGAUUUUUGUAUAUCGAACAUAAAUUUGAUUCUUUACUUAAUGAGUGAGAAAUAUUGAAAGUA